AAUAAUUUAUAAGCACGAGAGAUGUACCCAAUCCAUGGUAGAUCCGGUCCCGUCUUGCAGUGACUCAAGCCGAUCUCGUCUUCUUCGCUCUCCCACUUCCUCGCUUCUUCUAGAGCCUUCCAAAUUGGAACCCUCCAGAAUCCCCACUUUCUUCCCAAGUUCCCGUUUCUAUUUUAUCCUCUCCGCUUCGCGUUUCGGCAGGCCUCCUAUUUUUAUCAUUUUCUCGUGCACUAGAUCCCUCUAUCUCUGUCUGGAUCAUCUUAUUCUUCCCAUCUGUAACUCAGCUCAUGGCGAAAUACGGAGAAGGCGAUAAGCGCUGGAUUGUUGAAGAGAGAGCAGACGGAACCAACGUCCAUAACUGGCACUGGGCCGAAACCAACUGUCUCGAGUGGUCCCGAAACCUCCUCUCCAAUCUCCUCUCUAACCUUACCAUCCUCGACGGCGAGGGCAACCUCUUCAUUAAGACCAAGAAUGUCGAAAAGGUCGACGGAGAAGCCUACGUCAACAUCCGCAAGGGCAAGAUCAUUCCUGGUUACGAGAUCAGCGUUUCUCUUUCCUGGGAAGGCGAAGCCAAGGAUGCCGACGGUAAGUCCCUCCUCAAGGUCGAUGGAAACGUUGAGAUUCCUUACAUUGCCGACGAGAACGCCGAUGAAGAUCCCGAAGUCAGGAUCACUGUUAAAGACGAUGAUCCUAUCGGGAAGAGGUUAAGAGAUGCCUUUUUAUCCAAAGGGAAGCCGAUUAUUUUGGAGAAAGUUAGGGUUUAUGUUCAGAGUAUGGCUAAAGGAGGGCCCGCCAAGGAUGACUUAGAGUUGAAGAAGGCGGCAACAAAAUCUCCGUCCCCUGCUCCGGUAUCUGCACCGGCUGCCGCUGCUGCCGUCGCCGCUCCAGCGAAGAAGGAUAAAAACAAGGAAGGGAAGAAGGGGUUCAAGUCGAUUUCUUUGACCGAGAGGUUUAAUUGUCGGGCGAAGGUUAUGUAUGAGAUCUUGAUGGAUGAGAAUAGGUGGAAAGGUUUUACGCAGAGUAAUGCAAAGAUAAGUAAAGAGGUCGGAGGGCAGUUCAGUCUUUUCGAUGGCUCAAUUACCGGGACUAAUCAAGAGUUGCAGGAAGGAAAGCUGAUUGUUCAGAAAUGGAGGUUCGGGAGCUGGGCGGACGGGAUUUUUUCGACUGUGCGGCUUGCUUUUGACGAGCCUGAAACCGGUGUUACCAUUGUUAGGCUAACCCAGACGGACGUACCGGAGGAGGACAGUUGCCAUGCAGAUAUGGCAAUGCUACAGUUAUUGAGAACACCGAGAGAGGCUGGCGGGAGCUCAUUUUCUACAAGAUACGAGCAGUUUUUGGUUUCGGACUUUGAAAUUUUAUCACAUAAAUAGCCUGUUUCAGUAUAAAAUUUCACAAGCAUUUAUCGUUGUUUCAAGCCUUUCCGUGAUUUUAACAUCAAGGCUAUAUGGGGUAGUGGAUAUUCGUUGAUUUGGUGGUUCGUGUUGGUUCAACGCUUCAUCCUCUAAUUUUUCUGUAAUCCAAUUUACAGUAGAAACAAAAAUAUAUGCAAGUGGAAUUCGCAUAGUUAAGCGAUUGCACUGCUUUGUUUUCGCAUUGAAAUUGUUGAUCUUUUACAUCCAAGUGUAAAAUCUUCCUGCAUCGAGCGUUGAGACAAAUUGAAGAGUUUAAUCUCC